GAAGACACAAGAUGGGACCCAGAACCCUUUUUAGUCUCCUCUUCUGCCAGCUUCUCUUCCUGGCCUCUGGCGACCCAAUAGAGGCAGGAGAGAAAAACCUGACUGCUGCAGAACCGGAAGACUUCAGCUACUUGCAUGCGGAAUAUAACCUCCUUAAGGACAAACUGUGCAACAAGAUGUGGAAGAGCCACGGCUUCUACUGCUACCGGUACUUCGACACCCCCAAGUCAUUCAACGAAGCAGAGGACGAAUGCCAUAGUUACGGUCGGGAUGCCCACCUCACCUCCAUCUACAGUCACCAUGACUCCGUCUUUCUUGCUGAUCUGGUCGAGGAGGCCGAAAGCGAUGUUUGGGUUGGCUUGCGUAAUCUGGAGGACUGCGACUCUUGGACCUGGACUGACGGAACACCCUACAAUCCAGAGUACACCCCUUGGGGUGCCGGGCAACCCGAUCUCUGUGUCGUCCAUCCAGUGUGUGUGCAGCUGAUGCGUUCCUCAAAGUUCUACAAGUGGAACGACGUGGAUUGUAGUAACAGAACUGGCUACAUUUGUGAAACUCCUGCAAAACAUUGAAGUGUUUCUGAAGGGGCGAUCAGCUUUUGGGGUGCUCCGGAAGCAGGAGCUGGUGAUUAUCCAGAUGGGCACCCCAUUCCAUAUCUGCCAAUGCUGCCCUCUGCACAUGUAUCUCCUAUGACUCGCUCAAUAUUACUCAAUAUCACUCAGUCAAUAUUACUGCUAUUUUUAGAGAGCCAGUUUGGUGUAGUGGUGACGUGUGCGGACUCUUAUCUGGGAGAACCGGGUUUGAUUCCCCACUCCUCCACUUGCACCUGCUGGCAUGGCCUUGGGUCAGCCAUAGCUCUGGCAGAGGUUGUCCUUGAAAGGGCAGCUGCUGGGAGAGCCCUCUCAGCCCCACCAACCUCACAGGGUGUCUGUUGUGGGGGAAGAAGAUAAAAGAGAUUGUAAACUGCUCUGAGUCUCUGAUCUGCAAUUCUUCUUCUUCUUCUACUGCCUGGUCAACAUUAAAUCUCUUCUCUGAACAU